AUGCUGGGAUUUCUGCAGCUCGCCGUCGCGGCUAGCCCGUUGCUCAUGCAGGCGGGUGCUAACCCUCUACCUCCGUCAAUGCAUGUGCCAGAGCUGGAAAUGCGGCAGGCGCCCGGUCAUCUGGGUGCUGUAGCUACCGAGAGCGAGAUCUGCAGCAACAUUGGGAUUGAAUUGCUGAAACAAGGCGGUAAUGCUGCUGACGCUCUCGUGGGCACGACCUUCUGUAUAGGUGUCGUGGGCAUGUACCACUCUGGUAUUGGUGGCGGAGGCUUCAUGACUGUGCGAUUGUCCAAUGGCACCUACGAGCAGAUCGAUUUUCGAGAGACAGCCCCAGCUGCUGCGUACGAAGACAUGUACACCAACAACACCGAUCUGAGCAUAUUCGGUGGACUAGCGAGCGGCGUCCCUGGCGAAGUUCGAGGUCUGCAGUACCUGCAUGAGAACUAUGGUACACUCCCCUGGGCCGAGGUCAUGGCGCCUGCGAUCAAGGUCGCGCGUGACGGCUGGACCGUGAACGAAGACCUUGUCCGAUAUAUGGCUUCUGCAAAUGCAUCUGCUCAGAUUCCCAACUUCUUGUCGGAAGUGCCAACAUGGGCCAUCGAUUUUGCGCCAAAUGGCACCCUACUGAAAUUGAACGACACCAUUACUCGAAAGCGGUACGGCGACACGCUCCAAAAAAUUGCGGACAACGGCCCAGACGAAUUCUAUAACGGCGUAAUGGCCGAAGCAAUGAUUGCCGCGCUCCAGGCCGAGAAUGGAACCAUGACUAUGGACGAUCUCGCCAACUACUCAGCAAUUGUGGCUCCAGCUGCGAAUAUCACCUACCGCGGCAAGUUCAAUCUAUUCGCGGCCGAUGCCCCUUCUUCCGGCGUUGUGGCUCUGAGCGCACUAAAGAUCGUCGAAGGCUACGACGACUUCUUCACCUCCAAUGGUGAUCUCAACAUCAGCACGCACCGGCUUGAUGAAGCCAUCCGAUUUGGCUACGGGGCCCGCGCGGACCUUGGCGAUCCCGAUUUCGUGGGCAACCUCACCCGCUACCAAGAAGAGAUGCUGUCAGAAGCCUACGCCAACGAGACACGAUCCAAGAUCUCGGACUUCCAGACUUUCAACACCUCACACUAUGACCCUGCAGGACUCGAGUCCCUCGAAACACCCGGUACCUCGCACAUUGUCACUGCCGAUGCUUCUGGGAUGGCCAUUACCCUCACCACCACCGUCAACCUUCUGUUCGGCUCGAAUCUCAUGGUGCCUGAGACCGGCGUCAUCAUGAACAACGAAAUGAACGACUUCUCCAUUCCAGGCUCUUCCAAUGCCUUUGGAUAUGUGCCGAGCCCAGCCAACUACGUCCGACCCGGCAAACGCCCUCUAUCCUCCAUUUCGCCCGUCAUCGUUGAGCACGCUUCCAAUAACUCUCUAUACUACGUGAUUGGUGCCGCAGGUGGUAGCAGAAUCAUCACCUCCACCAUCCAAAAUAUCAUCCACGUGCUAGAUCAAGGCAUGACGGCACCCGAAGCUCUUGCGCAACCACGACUACAUGAUCAGCUAUUGCCCAACCAAGUAUCUUUCGAAUACGCAUAUGAUAACAGCACCGUAGCGUUCAUGAAGCAGCUGGGUCACAAUGUUACAUGGGUUGCUCCUGGCCAGAGCGCGGCACAAGGAAUCAGAGUACUGAGUAAUGGAACGUUUGAGGCGGCAGGAGAGCCGAGACAGAAGAACUCGGGUGGUUACGCUGUAUAA